UGUAUUUCCUGUUUUGUUUUGUUGUUUUAAUACACGGCCUGGUUUACUAGAUACAACGUAUGACUGCAUAUUUUUGUCAUCGUCAUUAGCUUAGUCUUUGUUGUAAACGUCAUUAACAAGAGACGAAAAAAGUUUAUCUCGACUCAACAACAAGUUGUUGUCACGGACCCACGACCUUCCGCUGCUCUAUCUCCACAGCCACCACCAGGUCGCAGCACCAGGUGAUAACAUGACGUCUGCCAUUAAAGAAACAUCCAGAAGGAGAUUGACAUCAGCUGUGUGUUCGGGGUGCUUCAGUUUCUCCCUGUUUGUGGACAGAGCUGAGUGUGGUCUCCUGCAUUUAACAUCAUGCUUGUGUGAACGCCGCCUCCUCCUGCUUCAUGUCCAGCUCAUCUCCACUGCUUGGCUCCCUGCUCGCUCCAGCAUCCCUGCGAGGAGGAGGCUACGUCACUGCAGCUGAGCUAUCAGAGCGCUAGCAGCCUCAGCAUCACUCCCUCAUCAAGUCUGUGCUGCAUCCUCUCCAUCCUGGAGGAGCGUCGGCAUCCACCAAGCAUCUCAGCUCUUCCAAAUCGUACACACCUCCGCAUCGUCGCCUCUUUAAGGACCUGUUAAGGGAAAAUCAGGCAAGCUGUCUCUUCUUUCUGUGAAAGUGUCUGUCGGCUGGACAGCUGGUCUUCCGCUGUCCCUUUGGAGGAUGAUCCUGUGGAUGAAGACGGAGGAGAUGGCCCUGGGGGAGCUAUUGGAGAGGCUGAGGACUGUCACCCAAAGCAUAGAUGAAAUCAUGCAGCUGGACAACAGUCCACUCUAUGCUGCCGACAUCGCCCAUGACCUCAAGAAGCAGUUUGCCUUCCUGUCAGGAGGCAGAGGAGACAAUGGUAGCCCCAUCAUUGUUUUCCCAGAAUUCCCAGCUUUUGGAGAGAUUACAGAUGGAGAGUUUCACAACGUCCUGACAUAUCUGACCAGUGUUCCCAGUUUGUCAUCAACAGGCGUUGGUUUCAUCCUGGUCAUUGAUCGUCGGCAGGACAGAUGGGCAGCUGUUAAGGGGACCCUGCUUCGUAUUGCAGGCUCCUUCCCGGGGAACCUCCAGCUGGUUCUGGUACUAAGACCUAACACACUUCUGCAGCGCGCACUGUCGGACAUCCUCUUCAAGUUCAACAAAGAUGAGUUCAAGAUGAAGGUUCCGGUGAUCAUGCUGAGCUCUGUCACUGAGCUUCACUCCUACAUCGACCGCUCUCAGCUCACACGUGAACUUGGAGGAACACAGGAGUACUGCCAUGACAAAUGGAUCUCUCACCGAACCGCGAUUGAAGGCUUUGCACUGAUGGUGAAGAAAACAGCACAGACACUACAGUUGUUUGGAACAGAGUUGGCUGAAACUGAACUCCCCAAUGAGAUCCAGGCCACCAGUAUCCUGCUGAGCACACACACGGAAAAGAAAGACAAAAUGAAGGAGGAUCUGCAGGUGGCCCUGGGUCAGGGCAGCCGGAUCCUGGAGAGCAUCAAUGAACCUUUGGCUCGGAAUCCAGAUCACAAUAUGAACCAGGAUGAGCUGGAGAAUCUGGCUACUGUUCAGAGACUUUUAUCUCAGCUGGAUGAGACUGAAAGGGCCUUCGAUGAAUUUUGGGUGAGACACAAGACCAAGUUAGAGCAGUGUCUCCAACUGCGUCACUUUGAGCACAACUACAGAGAGGUGAGGACUCUGCUGGAUCAGGUGUCUGAUAAACUAGCAGCCUACUCUGAGGUUGGAGUCAGCCAUGUUCACGAUGAACAUAACUUCUGUGAACUCAGCUCAUACGAGGAAAAAAUUUGUGAGGUGCUGAGCACAGCCUUGGCCUUGUCUCGGGAGGGUGAUGAACUUAUACAGAACUCGCAUUACGCCGAAGACUCCAUUCAGCCCAAAUGCAGCGAGCUCCGAACGUUUAGCGAAAAUGUCAGCUUCUGUCUGAAGACUAAAAAAGGUCAUCUCCAAAAAGCCCUGGAGCUACAUCAGUACCUGCAGAGGGUGUCCAAGUGGGUGGAUGAUGGUAUUUACCUGUUGGCGUCUCAGCCGGUCGACAAAUGUCAGUCUCAUGAGGGAGCAGAGUUAGCGCUGCAGGAGCUGGAGCGUUAUCUGGAUAAUGCAAGCCAGAACCAGUUGACAGACCUGAGCACCAUCUGGAGGGAAUAUGAUGAAGUGCUCAACCAGCAAUUCAGGGACCAAGUGGAGAAGGUUUUCCAGAAGCAGACGUCCAUGCAAGAGAUGUUCGAUAAGAGGCGAAUCAGCCUGAAGAAGUUGGCGGCCAAACAAACCAGGCCGGUGCAACCUGUGGCCCCCAGACCUGAGGCCUUCAUCAAAUCUCCAAUCAGCUCACCUGCUCACAAAGCCCAGCAGGAGAAGAACAGCUCAGACACAGACUCUGGAACCAACUGUGAGAAAGGAAAUGGCCAACUGCCUAACGGUGACAGCGGCAGCCGACACGUCUCCCUGUCAGAGGAGGAGGAAAACCUGGCUGUGUUGAGGAGGCAUGUCAUGAAUGAGCUGCUGGACACUGAGAGAGCUUACGUGGAGGAGCUACUCUGUGUCUUACAGGGAUAUGCGGCAGAGAUGGAUAAUCCAGCCAUGUCUCACAUAAUCCCUGCUGCGUUGCAGAACAAAAAGGAGGUUCUGUUUGGCAACAUGCCCGAAAUUUACCACUUUCACAAGAGGACGUUUCUCCGUGAACUAGAGCAGUACACCGACUGCCCAGAAUUAGUCGGGAGGUGUUUCCUGGAGAGGAUGACAGAUCUGCAGAUUUAUGAGAAAUACUGUCACAAUAAGCCUCGCUCUGAAAGCCUCUGGAGACAGUGCUCAGACUGUGCCUUCUUCCAGGAGUGCCAAAAAAAGCUGGAACAUAAACUGGGUUUGGAUUCUUAUCUGCUGAAACCUGUUCAGAGGAUCACCAAAUAUCAGCUACUGCUGAAGGAAAUGCUAAAGUACAGUAAAAGCUGUGAGGGAGCAGAUGACUUGCAGGAGGCGCUGACCUCCAUCCUGGGGAUUCUAAAGGCUGUCAAUGACUCCAUGCAUCUCAUAGCAAUUACAGGAUAUGAGGGUAAUCUGAGUGAGCUGGGAAAACUGUUGAUGCAGGGCUCAUUCAGUGUCUGGACAGAGCAUAAGAAAGGUCAUGCCAAGGUCAAGGACUUGGCCCGAUUUAAGCCCAUGCAGAGACACCUCUUCCUCCAUGAGAAAGCCCUGCUGUUUUGCAAGAGAAGGGAGGAGAAUGGAGAGGGCUAUGAGAAAGCUCCGUCCUACAGCUUCAAGCAGUCUUUGAGUAUGAGUGCUGUGGGCAUCACUGAAAAUGCAAAGGGAGACAACAAGAAGUUUGAAAUCUGGAGCAACUCAAGGGAAGAGGUUUAUAUUGUUCAGGCUCCAUCAACUGAUGUGAAAACUACAUGGGUGAAUGAAAUCAGGAAGGUUCUGACAACUCAACUGGAAGCAUGCAGAGCCAGCAAACAGAGGGCGCCAGACCAAAUUUCCCAGUUUACUCCUGGGUCUAGUGGAACAGUGAGUCACAGUUCUUUCAGGACUGGUCAGAGGAGCUUCAAAAAAGCUGAAGAAAAGAAAGUGGAGUCCUGUAGUCUAGAUGUCAACUCUACUUCAUCAACAAAACCCCAAAACAAAGAUAAUGAGGCUGUGACCAGCCCCACCUCAGACAGAGCCGCUGUGGCUAAAAAGCGCUUUACUUUACAGGGUUUCAGUAACCUCAAAGCUCAGAAAGGAUCUCCAACCAGCCCUGACCACAAGUCCAAACGACAGAGUGACCCGACACCAUUUGGCUUCAGAGGCUGGAACAAAACCUCUUUGUCCAUGGAUGCUUCGGAGGAACAUGAUGGUUAUUCCAGUGCUGAAGAUCCUCUUAACUCUGACCAAGAGGAAGAUGGUGGCAAGAAGCUGACUGCUGGAAAGUACACAGUGAUGUCUGACUUUGACAAAGGGGGCGCUGUGGAGCUCUCAGUGAAGGGCGGAGACAUAGUACAGCUAGUCAAAGAGGGUGAUGAUGGACAGUGGUUUGUGCGUAACCUAAGUUCCUGUAAGGAAGGCUGGAUCGCUGCUAACAAUCUCAUCACGCUCAUCGGAAAGUCCAAGUCUUGUCAGUCCCUCACCAGCUCAGAAGGCAGUGGCUCUGGAAACCUCAGCACAUCGUCCAGCUGCAGUGAGACCUACACCAGCUUCUCCGACAUCAAACCCUGAACUUGAAAGCACUUCUUUAUCACGGUAACAUCUUCUUUCAGGUUUAGUUUUGACAAAAGACAGAAUGAAGAUGAAAUUAUGUCCAUUAAACAUCUUUCAGAAAAUUUCAGUAGUUUUAUGGUUGCAAAUGACAAACUGCGAAUGUAGACCAGAAGUCUUCUAUUUUACACCUAACUCCACAUAAAUAGAAACCUAAAUAGCAAUAUUCUAAAUGCGUGAAAUAAAUUAAAUCUAGACUUAACAUUCAUAUCGAUUUGCUCUCUCAACCGAGUGAGAAUUUACUUUAAAGUUUUCUUUUUUGCAACCUGAGGGCUGUGUUAAAUUAAUGCAUGUCCUCUUCAUUAGUUAUUAAAUAGAUGCAUAAUAUACAGGUCAGCAGGACUGACCUGAGUGAAGCAUCCAUUUGUGGUCACAUUAAGAAAAUGACAUAAUGGAAAAUAUUUGAGGAAGCAGUGUUCAAAUUCCCAAUGCCACCAUAAGUACAAGGGUAAAAGUAUGGAUAGAGGCAAACCUGCACAACUUGAACAAAUGUUUCAUUAAGACAUGUCCCCAGUAUCUUACUACUUCACAUGACAAAAUACUUGAAAGAAAACACCCUCAAGGUUCAUUUAUUUUCCUGUUGUCACUUGUCUAUGUCCUUAUGCUGUCGUUGAUAAUGCUCAGCUUGUGCCUCUGAGGUUUUCCGUGUGUAAGUGGCUUUUCUUUCCAGAUCUGCUAUGGCGUCUUCUUCUUCUGACUCCCUAUGGGUGUGAAUAAACAGAGAUCUUUGUAUAGCGCUAACUUAUUCCCAGUGCUGGGACCACCCUCUGAAUGUAGAUAUUGUUUGAUAAUAUAUGUUUGUCAUGAAAUGUUUGUUAUGAGAGAUGCUAUAUUGUACAUUAAGUGAUAAUGGUGAUGUGUCUAAUUUUUUUACAUAUAAAAAGUUUCAGACCUAAUUGAAGUUGUCUUAUUUGUAAAUUUAUUGUCUUUCUUAAUAAAGUUCAAACUUAAA